CCUCCACACAUGACCUUUGAUUCACUUUGCACUCAAUCAAAAUCUGCGCUGAUUCACUGUCGUUUCAGUUGCCGGGUAUCCCAUUCUCACUGUUUGCGCUUCAACUCCGUUCUCGGAGGUCAAGAUGAGCGAGACAACAGGCGUCAAUGGCGGUGCCAGACAGAAAUACGAAAGAAUCCAAUCGCAACCCGAGAACCCCUUUGCGGCUCUCAUCCCCGAUCAGCAGAUAGCCAUUGUGCCCGAGUUCACUCUCGAGUCCGGAGUCACGCUAUACAAUGUCCCCGUCGCAUACACCACGCGAGGGAAACUCUCGCCAAACGGCGACAACGCCAUGGUUAUCUGCCAUGCCCUGACUGGCAGCGCUGAUGUGAGCGACUGGUGGGGUCCUCUGCUCGGCGGCCCAGGAAGGGCUUUCGACACGUCGAGGUUCUUCAUUGUGUGCAUGAACAGCUUGGGAAGCCCCUACGGAACCGCAAGUCCCGUCACGGCCAAGGAUGGCGAUAUACAGAAGGGUCGCUAUGGGCCCGAGUUUCCUCUCACGACAAUCCGAGACGACGUAAACCUGCACAAGCUCAUUCUAGAUGACCUGGGCGUUAAGCAAGUGGCUGCUGUGAUCGGUGGUUCGCUCGGAGGCAUGUUUGUGCUGGAGUGGGCAUACUUUGGCAAGGACUACGUGCGGUGCGUCGUGCCGAUUGCCACGUCCAGCCGGCACAGCGCAUGGGGCAUCAGCUGGGGCGAGGCUCAGCGCCAGAGCAUCUACGCCGACCCAAAGUAUGACGACGGCUACUACUCGUUUGACGAUCCGCCCGUGACUGGCCUCGGUGCGGCUCGCAUGUCUGCCCUGCUCACCUACCGCAGCCGGAACUCGUUCGAGUCCCGGUUCGGCCGCAACAUUCCCGACCCUUCCAAGGUUCAGACGAUCCGAGAGCGCCCGCGUCCAAGCACGCCGUCGGAAGCGCACUUUCACAUCCACAACGACGGCCACAACGUCAAGCGCACUUCGGUCUCACGCAAGAACAGCCAGGCCGGCUCCGGGACCAGCAGUCCGGGCUCACGAUCAGCCGAUAACGCUGACCCGCAGUUCCACGGCCCCGGGAAUGACCAGGAGGAAAGCCUGACGGGAGGCGAGAAGAUCCCGACGUCGACGUAUUUCUCUGCGCAGUCGUAUCUGCGCUACCAGGGCAAAAAGUUCGUCAAGCGGUUCGACAGCAACUGCUACAUUGCCAUGACGCGGAAGCUCGACACGCACGACGUGUCCAGGGACCGCGCGGCGUCCAUCCCCGAGGCGCUCGCGCUCAUUGAGCAACCCAUGCUUGUCCUCGGCAUCGAAAGCGACGGGCUCUUCACGUUUGCCGAACAGGAGGAGAUUGCGCAGCACGUGAAGAACGCGCGACUGGAGCGGAUCGACAGCUCCGAGGGCCACGACGCUUUUUUGCUGCAGUUUGAGCAGGUGAACCGCUACGUGCUGGAAUUCCUGAAGGAGAUUCUGCCCGACAUCAUGUCGGUCGAGGGUGCCGCCCCUGAAGAGGUCGGCGUGGGACAGCUGACCAAGUCGAGCACGUUUGGUGAAGCCGAGGUGGAGGACAUUACUGCAUGGUAACACGGUG